CCUUCCCCAACCCCCUCCCACUGCCCCUCUCUCUGCAGGCCCUGAGUACCAGAAGCGGAGGCUGCUGCAGGAGAUCAUGGAGAACGCAGAGCAUGCCGUCAACAUGGAGGAAGCGAUGCCCCCUCAGCCCAAGGGCGCCCCUCCGCCCCCAACGCCCCCUGAGAGCCCCCAGCUGCACGAGCAGGACGAGGCCCCCCGCCGCCGCAGCCCAGCCCCCAGUCCCGCCGCCACUCCUCCGGAGGCCAAGCGGGCCAAAGCCCAGCAGGAUGGAGCUCCACGGCCUGGCAGCUGGGCCGGGCCGGGCAGCGGCGGGGCCUCUGAUGGCGAAGGCCGUCCAGCCUCACGUGGAGCAGCAGCACGACCGGCCGAGCAGAUGGAGAUCAGGCCGCUGCAGCGCAUGGCGCGCGAGCCCGACGUCGAGCACUACAAGGGCUACCACAGCUACCCCGUCAGGACCUCCCCGGUCUCCCCCGCUGCGGACUAUGAGGAGGAGCCACUCUCUGAGCGUGGGCUGCCAUCCCCGGAGCCCCAGGGAGAGCCUCGGAGGCGCGGGGGCACCCCGGUGCAGACUCAGGAGCCUGCAGAGAGGCACGCGCCCCAGGCGGAGGCCAAGGCGGAGGCCAAGGCGGAGCAGCCACAACCCAAGGAGCUCAAGCAGCCCAGGCGGCGGCCCAGCCCCGAGCGCAAGGCAGUGAGCAGGAGCGAGCCCGCUGAUGACAGAAAGACUGAGGGCCGGGCGCCGGGCCGGACGGAGCAGAAGGCGGGGGCCAAGCGAAGCCCAGCCCCGGUGGUGGCGGUGGCAGCAGUGCAGGAUGCGGAGGAGGGUGACGAGGGACCUAACACAAUUGUGAUCUGUAUGGUCAUCUUACUGAACAUUGGUCUAGCCAUCCUAUUUGUACAUUUCUUGACAUGAGGUCCCCCUCGGACAAGGCAUUGCUGCUCACUGAGACCAUGGACCUUGGUGGGGAUUAAAUCUCAGUCACCUGGAAACACCUAUGAGAAGGACUUGAGAUCCCAAGGUUGCACUGCAAACAUGAACCUUAAGUAAAAGUACCUGAAGAUCCUCCGUUCGGUCUCCCUGCUCCCAGGCUGUGGCCAAGAAAAAGUCAGAAUUUCUACAACUUAACCUCCUUCUCUUCUUUGUAUAAAGUAGCAGUUGCCUUAAAUUAUUCUCACCAAAGCCAUCAACUGCCCUGUCGUGCCAAGGAUGAGAAAUUUAUCUUUAGCUAUAGGAAAAUGAGUGAGAAGGUCUCAUCCACACACUCAUGUGUUUUGUAAUUCUCUUGGUUGACUUGAUGUUGGAGAUUUCCCAAAGAAUAUCAUCCAUGGCCUGAAAAUGCAACAAUGUGCAACAACCAAAAUGACACCUGAGAGCCGUGCCUCGGCUAGGGCUGGACAGCAUCUCCCUCCAUGCUUGUGUGUCAUCCAAAGGGACAAGCAAAAAGUCUUUCCUUUCCCAUCAUCUGGAGGCGUUUUCCAUGUAUGGAGGACUGAGAAGGGGAGCAUGUUGACAUUGGGCUUGGUGAAGUGUGACCUGCCCACGCCUGCCAAUGAGCCGCGGUUGGGGCUGCGGGGUGGGGUGUGAGGGGCUGGCUGGGGCGAGGCUGCUGGUGUGCCCAGGGGUGCUGCGGGUGCAGACGGUGCUCAUUUCUGGACUGGGCACCAUCCGAGCUCUCUCCUGCCAUCAGCAAUGCUCUGUGUGAAAGCGUCUUGCAGCGGGUGACUUCCCACUGUAACGGGAAAGGAAAUCAAUGUGCAGAAUUUGCCCCUUUACCCUUUUUUUUCCCCUAUGAAAAUGGUGCGAGUUACCAUUAAAAGGAGGUCCUUACUGAACAAUACCCCUGUAUACCCACAGGUUCUUCCUCCUCGUAGCGCUGAGCUGUGAGGGGGCUCCAGUGCUGCUUUUUAACUGAAAUAGAGUGGGCAGCCUUUCCUAGCAGAGCGUGCAGGGUGGCUGUCAUGGGAGAGGUGAAGUUAUUCCUGAAAGGAGAAAGGUGCGGAGAUCCGAGUGACUCCAGUGUGUUUGGGUAUUGGGCUCAGAACUAUGCAGCAGCCAGCCUUUCAGCAAUGGUACAGCACAGAGGGGCAAUAGAGCUGUUGUUCUUGUGUGCCAGGCUUACAGGCCCAGACAGUUUGCACCAAUUCUUCCCAAAGCUGCGAUAGAGAGUGACCUUUGGAAGGAGAUGUUGCCACUGUGAUCUGCUCUGAUCCUUAGCAGUGCGAGCUUAGAAAGUCGGCACAGAUGAAGUUACAGUUUAGUGUGAGGCUGAGUGCUUGGACAUGUUUCUUCCUUCUUUUAAGAGCAAUAUGUGUUUUGUAUCUAUUUUUAAGUUAAUCGGAAAUGUUAUUUAUAGUCGGUUGUGCACCUCUGUGUAUUCUGAAGUCUCACAGCAUAGGACUGGGUGGGAAAACCUGAGGGACUGGAAAGAACGUGGAAAUGAUGGUUGAGGGGAAAAAACAGAUGGUCAAUCUGCUCCAAAGGUCAGUCUGAAAGGAUUUCAGAAGCAAAUGGCAGACAGACAGGAGUUUACACUGACUGGAGACACAGGGCAAAACCUGCCUAAUUUAUGUACUCUAAUUAUGAUAUAAGAGAGUGAGAAUAAUUCAGUACUUUUCUUUGUGAACCAAGUUUAUUUUUUAACCUUAUUCAGCUCAGGAACGUUGCCACAGUAGCAAGUACAUGGUGUUCACUGUGGGAGAAGUGAAUGUGAUCCCUUCCUAAAAGCUAUGUGGCUGUACCAGUCCUGAGAAAGCUGUGCAGCACCAUCAGCACUUCCACAGAGCAUAGUUUAGCAGCAAUUUGCUUCUUUCUUUCUUUCUUUUUUUUUCUUUUCUGAAAUAUAAAUGUAUUGCAAACCCCAGGCUCUGCUGCCUUUGGUAUUUUAUCCUUGUCCAUCCUCUCAAUAUGUCAGCUGCUUUUAUUAGCUACCAAGACAAUUUCCGUCGAGAGACCUGAGGGGCUUUUAUUUAUCACUAAGCACAAAGGGUCCUUUUUCAACAAUGUUAAGAUUACCCCCUCGCUCCCGCUCCAAUUUUUUAUGCAUGUGAUGUGCACACGGUAAUGUGCUUUCCUCCUAUUAACAUUCUGAGAACAGUAGGUAGAUUUGCUUUAAUGUGACGUACAGAUAUAUCCGUAUUGCACUGAGAUAUGGAUAUAUAUAUAUAUAUAUACACACACAGCCCCUUAGGGAUUUCGUUUUCUUAGAUGCAAAAUAACAGAUUUACCUCAAUUUGCGUGCUUUCAAAACUGAAUAGGAUAUUGUGUUAUACUUUUCAGGUCUUACGAAGAUGCAGAUAUGUUUCACUCUUCACACAAAAAUACCUUCAUCACAGAUUUUGCAAGCUGUGUACUACAAUCCGUGUACUGCUGUCCGGAGUUUUCUGUCAGUUGUUCUGCUGGAUUAUGUGCAAUAAUAAACAGUUAUCUGCUCACUGUA